CCAAGUGACACACCGCGGCGAGCAGGAACAUGGCGCUCGGAGCGACGUAGCGGCGGAGGAGAGGCAAUCCCGUCGACGAGCCGGCAGCCCUCGAUGUUGCUCAUGGGUCAGCCGUCCCGAGACACCCUGCUGUGCUGUGGUGUGACCAGUGAAGGCAUGUUCAACCAUAAACAAGGUUUUCCCACCAUGUUUGGAAAGAAAAAGAAAAAGCUUGAAAUUUCUGGCCCUUCUAACUUUGAACACAGGGUGCAUACUGGAUUUGAUCACAGAGAACAGAAAUUCACAGGACUACCUCAGCAGUGGCAUAGUUUACUGGCAGACACAGCAAAUAGGCCGAAGCCUAUGGUGGAUCCCUCAUGCAUCACACCCAUCCAGCUUGCUCCUAUGAAGACCAUUGUUAGAGGAAAUAAACCUUGCAAGGAUACUUCAAUCAAUGGCUUGCUUGAAGAAUUUGACAAUAUCUCUGUGACUCGCUCCAACUCCCUUCGGAAGGAGAGCCCUCCCACCCCACAUCUGGGACACACGAACCAUGUUGAAAUCCACCAGAAGGAAAAUGGCUACAUCACAUAUUCUCAGUAUUCAAGUGAGUCAGAGACUGCGACAGACUUCCUCAUGGACAAAUACCGAGGCAAAGGUCUCCAUGCAGAAGAGUUGGACAGGUUCUCCAGAGGCAGCUGUGCUGCCAAACAAAAUGGCCAUGUGGUGAAAAUGAAACCCAGUGAAAUGUAUUUUUCGGAAGCUAAGCCUCUGAAGUCUGACAUCUCUAGGUUCCUACCAGAUUAUCAUGCUCACAUCGAAACAAAAAGUAAACUGGAUGACUUUGGUGGCCUGAAGCUGGAAUAUCAGAGGGCUCUGAGUGGAUCUUCUCUGGAUUAUAAGGAGUCUUUUCAUUACACUCCUACUAGAACUUCCCUUCACAGCCAAUGCUCAAGAGAGAGACUAGAAUACAGUGACGACGACUGGGCCAAGGAUGACUAUGACAAAAGACCAAAGUCGUCCUAUGUAGACCAGACAAGCCCCCAACCUGCCAUGAGACAGAGGUCCAGGUCAGGCUCCGGUCUGCAAGAGCCAAUCAUGCCCUAUGGAGCAAGUGCUUUUAAGUCAAAUCAGCAAGGCCAUUCGUAUAGUUCAUAUACCUACCCUCGAUUGUCUGAAACAGCAGCAGGCAUUCCAAAGCUGGAUUAUGAUCGGGCACAGAUGGUCGUAAGCCCGCCACUGUCUGGAUCAGACACUUACCCCCGAGGCCCAACCAAGCUACCUCAAAGCCAGAGCAAAGCCGGCGGCUACCAGUACCCAGCUGUCUACCACAAAUUCUCUCACUACCACCACCAGCCUUCUCUGCAGCCAAGCUCGCAUUACAUUUCCACAGCUUCUUACCCAAGCUCCCCCAGCAUCACUUCGAGUGCUUACCCUCCGCCGAGCUGGGGCUCGUCCUCAGACCAGCAGACCUCCCGGGUGUCACACGAGCAGUUCCGGGCAGCCUUGCAGCUGGUGGUGAGCCCUGGAGACCCUCGCGAAUACUUGGACAACUUCAUCAAAAUCGGGGAAGGCUCCACCGGCAUUGUCUGCAUUGCCACGGAGAAGCACACAGGGAAGCAAGUUGCAGUGAAGAAGAUGGAUCUCAGGAAGCAGCAGAGAAGGGAGCUGCUCUUCAAUGAGGUUGUCAUAAUGAGAGACUAUCAUCAUGAAAACGUGGUCGACAUGUACAACAGUUACCUUGUGGGUGAUGAGCUGUGGGUUGUGAUGGAGUUUCUGGAAGGCGGUGCCUUGACAGACAUAGUGACUCAUACCAGAAUGAAUGAAGAACAGAUUGCUACCGUCUGUCUGUCUGUACUAAGAGCUCUGUCCUACCUUCAUAAUCAAGGCGUUAUCCACCGGGACAUCAAGAGUGAUUCCAUACUUCUCACAAGUGAUGGGAGAAUAAAAUUGUCAGAUUUUGGGUUCUGUGCUCAAGUUUCAAAGGAUGUUCCAAAACGGAAAUCACUGGUUGGAACCCCAUACUGGAUGGCACCUGAAGUGAUUUCUAGAUUGCCUUAUGGAACGGAGGUGGACAUCUGGUCCCUCGGCAUCAUGGUAAUAGAAAUGAUCGACGGAGAGCCUCCGUAUUUCAACGAGCCCCCUCUCCAGGCAAUGCGCAGAAUCCGAGACAAUUUACCACCAAGAGUAAAGGAUCUGCACAAGGUCUCAUCGGUACUGCGCGGCUUUUUAGACUUGAUGCUGGUGAGGGAACCUUCGCAAAGAGGAACAGCUCAAGAACUCUUAAGACACCCUUUUCUGAAACUGGCUGGGCCUCCUUCUUGCAUUGUGCCUCUCAUGAGGCAGUACCGGCAGCACUGAAUCCAGCAGCUUUGAUUAUUUUGGGGAGAGGUCUGCGCAGAGGCUGGAUAGAAGCUGCUGACUAAGCAGAAAGCCCCAGUGAGCUGAAAAAUCAACUGCUGCUGCUGAAAUGAUUCUGUACACAAUGCAGGAAACUUCUCCAGGUUUGUGAAGCUGUUUCUUGCUUUGAAAAUGGGACGUGUUGAUGGCUCAUACGAGAUGCUCAUGAGAUGCUCCUCCCUUGGUCAGUUACUGCUUUCAACCUAGUGAUGUCCAAGGCAGAAGGGUGUUCUUCCAAGACCCACUUGCAGAGGUUUGGGCAGGGAACCUCACAGCACAACCCGGAUGGAACACCAGGAUCAUAUUCAAAAUCAGAGUAAAACAGCACUUCUACUUCAGAAGGACAAAAAAGUAAAAGAAGAAGCAGCACUUUUUAUCUCAGUGGUAGCAGCAUGAUGUAUUUUGAAAUGAAUUUGUAAUUUUCUGUACAUCGCUUUUGAUAAUUUACAGUACUUUGAUGUCAUAGUGAUGGUGUUAAUAGAAGUGAUAGGUGUAACUUAGCAAGCAUUUGAGCAAGAUCUUUCCUACUUUUUUAUCCCUUUUGAAGAGAAAGGAACACUCAUACAUAUCCUAGCAGUUCAGAAUGUUGGCAAAAACUUCUCAGCUGUGCCAGUCUAAUGUACAUCUUCAUUUUGCAAAUGUUCUAUUUGCUGGCAAUGCUGGAUCCCUUUUCCCCUUGAGAUAAUGCAGGAGCAAUGCUUGUUCUGAAGCGGUAAGUACCAGUAUAUGCCGGUGCUGCUGUCAAAGGCAGCCUCACAUAUCUUGAUUUUAUCAGAUGGAGAGGGCAACUCAUGGGCAGUGGUGGCAAACGAUCAGCCGCCACAAAAAGAACACUGUGGAGACUUGCUGGUCAGGGUAAAUGUGAUAUUUAAGAGCUACAUCCACCUAAAAGAACACAAUCCUGUGCACUUUUAGACAGAACAAAGUCAGAGAUCUCCCAGCAUUCCCCUCGGACAACAGCUAGGCGUCACUGGCGGGUGCAUGCUGGGAGUUGUAGGUCUUUUUUCCUUUCUCAGCAUGCAUCAGGUUGCGCCCGGACUGUGCUGCAUCAGUCCUGAAUAUUGUCAACAGUCACUGCAGCUGAGCGACACCUUUCCCUGCCAAGUUCCCUCAUUUGGACCCAGUCAGGGCUCUGCAUGGCAAUAGGGGACACGGCAAGAGCCUCACAGGGUGGUGCCAAAAUGGGCAAUCAGUAGAAACGAGAUAAUGAAUCACAUUGCAAGCCACAAUAUACAGAGGGCUGGCUGGGAAUGCUGAGGCCUCUGGAACUUCUCUUCUGGCCUAACUAUACUUAGGGUUGAGCCCUUAUUCAUUCUUAGGCCCUCUGGAACCAAUGGGAGGUAAAAUAGCCACGACUAACCUUGAUUGUAAUGGGUCUGCUCUAGUUAUGACUAAGUCAGGAUCCAACACAGUCAAUGGAUCGUCUUCUGUUUGAUGAGUGACACACUUCAGGGGUUGGAACUGAUGAGCACUUAAUUAACUGCGCUGCUGGAAGAGGGCUCCUCCUUCCCUUAGCCUUCAGAAGAUGCUGCAUAGGCAAGAGAUUCUGCUGAAUGGGUGACCUGUGUGAAGGGAGAAUCUCAAGGAUUAGAUGGAGGAGACCUUCUGCCAGUGGAGGCCUUCCCUUCAUCCUGUGGACAGCAGAUCUCAACUCCAGCCCAAGUCGUGUAGUUCCAAACUGUGUGUGGAUUGCUCUUUAGGAGCAGUUCUGUUUGAAUGCAAAACCUGCCAGUCGCAUGCAGAGCAACCUGGAACACACUUCACAGAUUCCAUUUUCACAUCACUGAUGGAUACAUGCCAAGUUCAACUCCAGGAGAAGGGUUAAUUAUUGUUCUCAGCUAGCAAUAUGGACAUGUGUUCAUUUUUGUCUGAGCUAACUCCCGUGCCAGAACAUUAGUCCUCAUUAUUCAUAUCCAUGCUUGAGAAAGCAAAGACUGAAUCAGCAAGUCCAAGAAAGUCCAGACAGUGAGUGGGCAUUUUUUAAAAUCUGAAUUGAGGCAUUGUAAGAUUAUGUUGAACUGUUUGCUAUACAGGGAGAAAUGCUGUCUAAACUCUUUUGGAAUGUUAAUUCAGCAGUAACUACUUCAACCAGUUUUGUGUUGCUUGUUGGAUAAAUUUGCAUGUUUACCAUAGGCCUAUAGAGAUUUGCCUUUAUAAGUGCUUCAUGAUUAUUUCAACGAUGGAGAAUUUAUUUAUUUAUUUUUAAUUAAGCUUAAUAUGAAAGCCAUGUAUUUGCCAAGUUUUUUGUUCUUGCUUUUACUGACUUCACUGGAAAAAAAUCCGACACUAAAAUGAACUAUCUGGUCUAUCUAAUCUAAUCAUUAUCUAAUCAUUUAUCUAAUCACUAUCUAAUCAUUUUGAAUUGUGAAGGGGUUUCCUUUUUACCAAUCAGUUGGCCAUUACUUAUUGUAAUAAAAGAGAGGCAAAACAUUA